AAAAGUAUUUGAUCAGAUCAAUAUAACAGCUGUAAACAGCACCAUGAUUAACAUCAGCUGGGCGGUGCUCCCAGAAGUCAGUGCCUAUCAGUACAAUGUGACUGUGACAAGUCAGUUUAUUGGAAAUGGUGACUGUGAUACAAGUGGCAAUGGAAGUGACAUACAUACGGUAAAUCUCA